AUGGGCUCUCUCGCAAACGGCUCCCAGCAGGGAACUUUCCUCUUCACCUCCGAGUCUGUCGGCGAGGGUCACCCCGAUAAGAUUGCUGACCAGGUCUCCGAUGCCAUCCUCGAUGCCUGCUUGGCUGAGGACCCCCUCUCCAAGGUUGCUUGCGAGACCGCCACCAAGACUGGUAUGAUCAUGGUUUUUGGCGAGAUCACCACCAAGGCGCGCCUGGACUACCAGAAGGUCAUCCGUGACGCUAUCAAGGACAUCGGUUACGAUGCUUCCGAGAAGGGUUUCGACUACAAGACCUGCAACGUCCUUGUCGCCAUUGAGCAGCAGUCUCCUGAUAUUGCCCAGGGUCUGCACUACGACGAGGCUCUUGAGAAGCUCGGCGCUGGUGACCAGGGUAUCAUGUUCGGUUAUGCCACCGACGAGACCCCUGAGCUUCUCCCCCUUACCAUUCUGCUCUCCCACAAGCUCAACUCUGCCAUGAAGGCCGCCCGUAACGAUGGCUCCAUUCCUUGGUUGCUCCCCGACACCAAGACCCAGGUGACCAUCGAGUAUGCCCACGACAACGGUGGUGUCAAGCCCCUGCGCGUGGACACUGUUGUCAUCUCUGCUCAGCACACCGAGGAUGUCUCCACUGAGGAGCUCCGUACCGUCCUCAAGGAGAAGAUCGUCCGCAAGGUCAUCCCCGCUCACCUGCUCGACGACCGCACCGUCUACCACAUGCAGCCCUCUGGCCGCUUCGUCAUCGGUGGUCCUCAGGGUGACGCCGGUCUCACUGGUCGUAAGAUCAUCGUCGACACCUACGGUGGCUGGGGUGCUCACGGUGGUGGUGCCUUCUCUGGCAAGGACUACUCCAAGGUUGACCGCUCGGCUGCCUACGUUGCGCGCUGGAUCGCCAAGUCCUUGGUUACCGCCGGUCUCGCCCGCCGUGCUCUCGUUCAGCUGUCCUACGCCAUUGGUGUCGCCGAGCCCCUGUCCAUCUUCGUUGAGACCUACGGCACCAGCCCCAAGUCCUCCGACGAGUUGGUCCAGAUUAUCCGCAACAACUUCGACCUCCGCCCCGGUGUGAUCGUCAAGGAGCUUGACCUUGCCAAGCCCAUCUACAUUCAGACUGCCAAGAACGGUCACUUCACCAACCAGAGCUUCUCCUGGGAGAAGCCCAAGGCCCUGAAGUUCUAG